CAAAGACAGAUCAGGCCUUCUCCGCGAGCGUCCGAGAGAUAAAAGAGCUAGUCAUCAUCGUCGUCGUCGUCGUCAAGCGUCAUUGUCUCCACCGUUUCCCUCCUGUCUGCUUCUCCUCCGCGCCCAGGAAUGUGAUGCCCUACGGAAGGCCAUUUUGAGUGUCCCCGUUCAUCACAAGGCCACGAAGUGAGGAGGUGGCAGUGCUGGUGGUGGAGGACGAGGAGAGAGGAAGCGGAAUGACGGAGCUACGGUGCUAAGAAAUUCCGUAGCAGUGGGUGGGGAGUGAGCACGCCAGAGGGAGGGAUGGGCGAGAGCGGGGGCCCGACGAUGGCGCCGCUGAACGUGGCGGCUCUGAGAGGAGAGGAGAGGUGGCGGCACUUCGACGACUCCGUCAACGCCGUCUCAUUUGGCUUCGUGGCCACCGCCAUCCUCAUCUCCAUGUUCCUUGCCAUGGCCAUCUUUGAGCGCUUCCUCCGCCCCAGGUCCCCUCUCCUCUUUUCUUCCGACAACGGCCAGCGCGGCGGAGGAGGGCCUGUCUCGGCUUUCCAGAGGGGGACGCUCUUGUCCGCGGAUCUGGAGGCGCAACCCCAGGGAUUCGCUGGCAAGCUCGAUUAUCCUUCGCCCAAGAUGUCGAUCUAUUCAAAGGAGGUACCAGUGCUGAUGCCCGGGCAUAGCGUGCCCACCUUCAUUGCACAUCCUGCUCCUGUUCCCUGCCGACCUGAGCGGAUCCCAUGGCCUUCUCAUCAACAAUACUCAAUUAGUGGAUCUCCCUCAAAUUUAGACUAGUGAACAUCAAAUUCAAGUUGAACUUGGUUCCAUCUGCGGGUCGUUCUGCUAUCUGGCAGUGUCUCAUCUUGUUAUAGAACUCGUUGCUGUGGUUAGAUAGGCAUUGCCGGUGUCUGUAUAGUUGUUUUCUUUGGCUUCAAUCAAGUAUGCUGCCCCUGUUGCUCACUGUAAUAGAGAGGUAGCUUUCUUAAGGCAAGUUUUUAUGGGUUCUACUUGGAUACUUUGAAACAGUUGUUAGCUCAUUGCCCUUGUUUCAGUCUGUCCAAUGAAUUUGUUUAAGCUUUUCCAUGAGAAAUUAAUUGGUUCCAGAUGAA